GGAUCUUCUAUUUACAAUAAGUACUUACAUUACGUUCUCAUACUUUAAACAAAUUAAAGAUGUUUGUGCAGAGCUGCCAUACACCAUAAUAUUUAUUUAGAACUUAUGGCGCAAGGCACCAUAAAAAAGUUGCAUCCCGACUAUUUUCGAUACAAAAGCAAACAAAGAAACUUACAGCGAGUCCUAACAAGGAGUGCAACGUUGUGCGAUAAAUCAGCCUAUGGUUGCUAGAUAAGGAGUUCUAUUAGACAUCUUGAAGAUCGGGACCGGUUCGCGAAACGAGGGUUUAAAAGCAAGAGUCGGGACUCUUAGGAGCAUUCCCGUGUCGACAGCACCCUAGCACAGACGAGCAACAUGUGGCCACUCCUGGUGUUAGCUCUCGUGGCGACGGCUUCGGCCCAAAUCCCAUCUCUGGGGUGGUGUCCUGACUAUCAGCCUAUGGCCAACUUCAACAUGAAGAACUUCCUCGGCACGUGGUACGAAGCCGAGAGGUAUUUCACGGUCAGCGAACUCGCCAGCCGGUGCAUCACCAGCAAUUACAUCAGCACUCCCGAAGGAAGGAUCCUCGUGUCCAAUGAAAUCACUAACUAUUUAACGGGUGUGAAGCGUGUGAUGGAAGGUCACCUGCAGAUGAUUGGCCGAGAGGGCGAAGGUCGCAUGCUGGUAAAAUACUCCUCUCUGCCUAUCCCCUACGACUUGGAGUUCAGCGUCUUGGACACCGAUUACGACAACUAUGCGGUCAUGUGGUCAUGCAGCGGACUCGGCCCCGUACAUACCCAGAGUGCCUGGCUGCUCACCCGUGAGAGACUUGCGCCGUCCAACGUGAUGCAAAUGGCGUACGCUAUUCUGGAUAAGUACAAGAUUUCCCGCGCCUUCUUCGUGAAGACCAGCCAGGCCGACUGCACCAUCUUACCUGAUCCAGCAGCCCUCCCUGAAGACGCGAAGAGUGUUGUUGGAAGCGUUGUUAAUCCAAUAGCUGAUAGGAUUCUUAAUCAAGCAGGCGUUGAGAUGUCAGUUCUCCGUGCGAUAGCAGUAUUCCUAUGUGGUUUCUUCUCCCUCAGGAUGUGCAGGGCGCAGAUCGCGUUUCCUGGCCCGUGCCCAGACGUCCAGGCGAUGACGAAUUUUGAUCCAAAUCGAUACGUAGGAAAGUGGUAUGAAUAUUCAAAAUACUUCUUCAUCUUCGAAUUUGGUGGAAAGUGCGUAACGGCUGAGUACGACGCAAAGGAGAACGGAGUUAUUGGAGUCACCAAUAAACAGUUGAGCAGCCUGACAGGCAUCCAGUCUGAGAUCGACGGGGAAGCCAACCAAGUGAGCAGGUCUGAUGAAGGCAAGCUGUCAGUUCGAUUCCCGUCGUUUCCUGUCAAGAUAACAGCGCCAUAUUGGGUGGUGGAUACGGACUACGACAGCUACGCAUUAGUCUGGAGUUGUUACGACUUUGGACUGUUCCACACAAGUAACGCUUGGAUCUUGACUCGAGAACGGACGCCUCCGUAUUCAGUGAUAGAGAACGCAUACGCCGCUGCUGACAAAAACAAUAUUAGCAGAGUGUUCUUCCUCAAAACUGACCAAUCAGAUUGUCCAGAUAAAGCGGACAAACAAGAUUAAUUGUAUAAUUAGGUAGUGAAAAAUCUAUAUAUACCUAUAUUAAUGGAAAAGGUGACUGACAUGUUCCUGCACAGAAUGCGCUGCAGACAGUAAAUAUGACAUAAGGAAUAGAAGAUGUAAAAGAACGUAAAUAUUUUUGUAAAUUAUAACAAACAUACAUAAAGUCACGUCUAUAUCCCUUGCGGGGUAGACAGAGCCAACAGUCCCGAAAAGACUGAAACGCCAUGUUCAGCUGUAUGGCUUCAUGAUGGAAUUAAGUUUCAAAUAGUGAAAGGUUGCUAGCUCAUCGCCUACAAGACGAAUCCUAAAUUUAUAACCCUAUCCCUUAGUUGCCGUUUACGAUAUCAAUGGCAAUGACAUAAACAAGAAAAAAAGCAUACAGCAAAAGCCAUAAAUACGAAAUUAGCGAACAAAUUUUAAUUCCCAAACCCUACUUUAGUUGUUAAAGCGAUGGGUUUGAUCAUUUAAAUAAAAUUAAUGAAAUAACAAAUGUUUUAUUACAACUAACACAAUUAAGACGAAUUACG